AUGGAGGUCGCCUCGCCAGGGGUGUCAAAUGGCCUCCCUCCGCCCGAUACCUUCCCGACUACAGAUCCAACUAUCGUCGUCCAGCAUCUGGCGGAGGUCCUCCAGGGCACUCUCGGCGCGUUAAGAAAAGAUUUAGAGAGCUCCGGAAACUUGCUAUCAACAGAGAAUUAUCCGGAAACCUUGCAGAAAUGCUCUCGGUUUGCUGCUGAGUCGCAGACUGCGGUCUACGCCCAUAAGGAGCUUGUUGAGGUGGAGGAAAGGAAUGGGAUAGAAGAAGAGCUUUCUUCCGCUACCCGACACAGAUAUACCCUUCGCUCAGAAAUAUCGAUAUCGCCAACCACUGUCGCUACGGUCGCGUUUCUCAAGUCCCCAUCACCUUUUGAUCCCGCGAUUCCUGUAUCAUCCCAGGUCCAAGUCCUCACAUUACCCGGAUUCACCGCCCUUAACAAUGCGACGGCAUCUCAAGGCCCCUUGAUUUCACCAUAUGAAGUCCUUCAUUCCCUCGUCCACCUUGGUUUAGCACCCUAUUUUGAGGCAUACACAAGAGGGCAAGAUGGCGCCAAGACGAGGGGAGACUCGGACGCCAAAACCGGUGUACCUGGUGCAAAGAAGAAAAUUGCUGAGCUCGAACUUAGCUUAUUGCAUCUCCAGCAAAAUAUCGAAAUCCCCGUCUUGAACCUUCCUAUGCACGAAAUCGUUCAAACUGCAUUGGAUGAAGCGCAAUCUCGAGGCGUCAAACCAUCGGUGGAUCUCGUCCCAAGCGCUGUACUUGACAACCACCUUGUUAUCAAUAGUAUUCAAAGUACCGUUAACGGGUGGAUCAAAUCAAUUCAAAGUAUCACCAAAAUGUCUCGCGACCCUGAAAGCGGCUCUGCAGCCCAAGAGAUCAAUUUCUGGCUUGAUAUGGAAACUGCACUGGAGGGAAUUGAAGCACAGCUUCAGGCAGAUGGGGUUCAGCUGACGAUGGAUAUCCUCCGGCAUGCUAAACGGUAUCAAGCCACGCUUCAGAUUCGUCACAUAUACUGGCUUAAGGCCCAAGAGGCAUUGAACUUAAUCUUCGCACAUUUAAAUAAGAAACUCCGCCUUUGCCCGUACCCUAUCAAGCGUGCCUUGUCGCUCGUAGAGGCCAUUUCCGGGGAUCUUGAUUCACGGAUACACACGUUAAUCAAUGGAAAAGCGAUUAUGAAUUUGGAUUUCAAGGAAUUCCGUGGUCUGAUGCGUGCUGCUCAGAUAGUGUGGCGCGCUUGGGAUGAAAACAUCAAGGAAUUCACCAACGUUGCUCGUGACGCUAUGAGACGUCGCAAUGAAAAGUUCAUUCCGAUCAAGGUCAGAUCGAAGCACGCAGAAACUCAGGAUCGACUAAAAUACAUUAAUACCUUCCGGACGAACCAUGAGCAACUUCAACGUACGAUCAUCAAUGUUUUGGGCCCAAAAUCCUCCCAACCAGGCGCUCCACUGGCUUCCGAAUCCGAUACGAUUACGCUCGAUGAUAUCGGUGACGUUGAUGCUGUGGAAGAGGUACGGCAAGCCUACGCUCCCUUGAAGGACGUGGAUGUUCUAGACGUUUCGCCCAAAGGCACUGAGGAGUGGAUUCGGGAAGAAACAGCGUACAAUGAGAGAACAUCACGGGUUGAGAAUUUGAUCAUUGCUCGUCUUCGGGAUCGACUUGCCACUGCGCAGAAUGCGAACGAGAAAUUUCGGGUGUUUUCAAAAUUCAACGCCUUGCUAGUUCGGCCUAAGAUCAGAAGUGCCAUUGGGAAAUACCAGACUGAAUUGAUUGAUGAUGUCAAACAGGAUAUUGCUGCUUUGCAUGAGCGAUUUAAACAACAGUAUGGGCAUUCAGAAGCGCACGCUAUGGCACAACUGCGAGAUCUCCCACCCGUUUCAGGUGCCAUCAUUUGGGCGCGCCAGAUUGAGCGUCAGCUAGAUGGAUAUAUGCGAAAAGUAGAAGAUGUUCUCGGAGAAGAUUGGGAUCUCCAUUCUGAAGGACAAAAGCUACAAGCUGAAAGCAACAUGUUUCGUAAGAAGCUCGACACUCGACCUGUAUACAUGGCUUGGCUACAAGACGUUCAAAGACGGAAUAUCACAAUAUCUGGGCGCCUAUUCAACAUUACUCGCAAUCGAGCUGCCGGGAACGCCUUAGAACUUGCCGUUAAUUUCGACUCGCAAAUAAUCGCCCUCUUCAAAGAAGUCAGAAAUCUCGUAUGGCUUAAUUUCCAAAUACCCCAUGCAACCAACAGCAUAUCCAAGGAGGCCAAACGUGUUUAUCCGUUUGCCAUCAGUUUGAUGGAAAGCGUUCGAACACUCCAUCAAACCGUCCGCUCCAUUGCAUCCAUGGCACAGGCUGCUAUACUGCUGAGUGGGUAUCAGAAUGAUGUUCAGGCGUUGAUUAUGAAGGGUUUACCGUUACGAUGGGAGUCGUUUAUCCAUUCAUACGAGCUUCAUGUGAAGCAAGGUAUCGCCAACGGCUCUGUUGACCCCUCAGUUGCGCCAUCCCGUGGUGAAAGCAAGCAUGUUCAAUUUGUUCGAGAGUUUGCCGUUUCUGCAUCGGUGCUACAGACAAAAACUGCCACGUUGAGUACCAUCGAUGAAUCCGUACAGAAAACUAUUCUUGAGCUCAAAACUUGUCCCUACGACGCUGAUGCCUUCCGUCAACGCCUUGAUCAGAUUCAAAUCGCGGUUGACAAGUUGAACUUGGAAAACUACGCCAAUCUUGGCUAUUGGGUCACCAAGUUGAAUAUUAAGAUUGAGUCCAUACUCCAGGAUCGACUGCGUCGCGCAAUCAGGCACUGGAUUCGAUCAUUCCAGGAUGCGAAGCAUGAGCAAUCUCAUAAAGUUGGCUACGGGGAACCUUCCGAUGCAACGGGUGAAGAACUGGAAAUUCAGAGCAUUCAAUUCCCUAAACUUCUGCACGAAAUCUCAAUGCGGAAUCAAGUUAUGCACCUUGACCCACCUUUAGAAUUCGCAAGAGCAAAUUGGUUUUCUCAUUUUGACAAAUGGGUCGGUAUCUUGUGUAAUUUGGAAAGGAUUAAAUCAUCACGAUACAAGAUGUCUAUUCAUGCAGACAAAGCGCUUCUUUCUGAGACACACUUCUCCGCUCUCCCCCAAUAUUGUGCCAGUGAGUUGACCGAGGUAUAUUCCGUGGUUGAAGCCAGAUUACAAGAAAUUUCCGAAUACAUAGAAAAGUGGCUUCAAUUUCAAUCUCUUUGGGACCUACAGUCGUCUCAUGUCUAUGACGUUCUUGGGGAUGACUUAUCUCAAUGGCUACAAUUACUUCAAGAAAUCCGAAAGAGCCGUGCAACCUUUGAUACCUCUGAGGUUCGCAGAUCAUUUGGUACUAUCAGGAUCGAUUAUGAACAAGUACAAACCAAAGUCAAUGCGAAAUAUGACCAAUGGCAGCGAGAGAUAUUAUUGAAGUUCGGCGGAAAACUAGGGACCCGUAUGCGAGAAGUAUAUGCAGAACUGCAGGCUGCCAGGAGAGAUCUCGAAGGACAGUCACUGGAAGCCUCAUCGACUGCACAUGCAGUCUCCUUCAUCACGAUUGUCCAACAGUGCAAACGAAAGGCGCGUGUAUGGGAACCUGAGGUGGACCUCUUUCGUCAAGGUCAAGCAACCCUGGCGCGUCAGCGCUAUCAAUUUCCCAACGAUUGGCUGCAUAUUGAGCAAAUCGAUGGUGAAUGGUUGGCCCUAAACGAUAUUUUGGAGCGUAGGAGUAAGACUGUCCAAGACCAGACGGAUGCCCUGAGAGCCAAAAUCACCGCCGAAGACAAAGUCAUCCACGACAAGAUCGCUGAGAUUAUCACCCAGUGGAAUGAAGAGAAACCCGUUUCCGGUUCUACCCCACCCGAGGAGGCCUCUAGAACUCUUAGCUAUUUUCAGUCUCGAUUGGAAGGCUUGCAGUCUGAAUUUGAAAUGGUUUCCAAAGCGAAAGAAGCGCUUGACCUACCCAGCAGCCCUGAAACAGCACUCGCCGCUAUACUCGAAGAGGUUCAGGACUUUAUGGCUGUUUGGGCUGCUCUGUCGACGAUAUGGAAGAGCUUGAAUGAUUUAAGAGAUAUUCUGUGGAACAGUGUCCAACCCCGAAAACUUCGACAGUCCCUUGAUGGCCUCAUCAAGAUGACGAAAGAGAUGCCUAGCCGGAUGAGGCAGUAUGCUGCGUUUGAGCAUAUUCAAAAUAUUCUCCGUCAGCUCCUCAAAGUUAAUCCGUUGCUCUCCGACAUGAAGUCCGAAGCAGUGCGUGAACGGCACUGGCACAAAAUCUUUAAGGCUCUUAAGCCAGGUACAAGGUUCUCCCAGAUCUCGUUGACUCUUGGUGAUGUCUGGGAUUUGAACCUUGCUGCGAGCGAGACUGUGAUUCGGGACAUCAUUACACAAGCGCAGGGAGAAAUGGCUUUGGAGGAAUUCGUGAAGAUGGUUCGGGAAACCUGGCAAGGCUAUGCUUUAGACCUUGUGAAUUACCAGAACAAAUGUCGUUUGAUCAAAGGGUUUGAUGACUUAUUUGCGAAGUGCAGCGAAAAUUUGAACUCACUUCAAGCGAUGAGACAUUCGCCCUACUACAAAGAAUUUGAGGAGGAGGCCACGGCCUGGGAAGAUAAACUUAACCGCGUACACGUUCUCUUCGAUGUCUGGAUUGAUGUCCAACGGCAAUGGGUGUACCUUGAGGGUGUUUUUACAGGAAAUGCGGAUAUCAAACACCUCCUACCUCUUGAGUCUGGCCGUUUUCAAAACAUAAAUUCCGAGUUCUUCGCUGUCAUGAAGAAGGUUUAUAAAUCGCCAUUCGUACUUGACGUUCUAGCAAUCAACGGGGUGCAGAAGUCAUUAGAGAGGUUGGCAGAGCUCCUUAACAAGAUUCAAAAAGCCCUUGGUGAAUAUCUCGAGCGUGAACGUGUAUCCUUCCCCCGUUUCUACUUCGUCGGUGAUGAAGACCUUUUGGAGAUAAUUGGUAACAGUAACGACACUCUUCGCGUCGCGAAACACUUUAAGAAAAUGUUUGCUGGGUUGUCUGGACUACUAAUGGACGAUGAUGGGAACAUCGUCGGAUUUACCUCGAAGGAGGGUGAAGAAGUCAGGUUGAAGAAAGAAGUAUCACUUCUCAAAACACCUAGGAUCAAUGACUGGCUCACAGCCCUGGAAUUAAGCAUGAAGUCAACACUAGCUGAGCUUCUCGCUGAAGCCAUAGAACUCUUCGAUCCUAUUUAUUCCGCUCCCGAAAUCGAUCAGACUGCCUUCAGUGACUACGUUGCGAAUUAUCCUGCGCAAAUUGUCGUCCUUGGGAGUCAGGUUGUCUGGACAAACGCCGUCCAGAAAGCCCUCGAAGACGGUGGCUCCCGGUUGCAAGCCCUAUACGAAGCUGAAGUUAGGGUUCUGGAUCUUCUAGCCAUGACAGUUCUCGGUGAACUUGAUCCGAUAACAAGAAAGAAGUGCGAACAUAUGAUCACCGAAUUUGUACACCAGCGCGAUGCAAUUGGGAAGCUGAUGGAGAACAAUGCAUCAUCUCCAACCCAUUAUCUAUGGCUCCUUCAAAUGCGUUAUGUGUAUCAGCCUGAAGGAGACUUCUUGCAGCGCCUUCAUGUCCAUAUGGCAAAUGCCAAAAUAGAUUAUGGCUUUGAAUAUCUUGGGGUCCCGGAACGACUUGUUCGCACUCCACUUACUGAUCGAUGCUUCCUCACUCUUACCCAGGCCCUUUGCCAGAGGCUUGGUGGCUCCCCGUACGGUCCUGCCGGUACCGGUAAAACUGAAUCUGUCAAAGCACUUGGCUUGCAGCUUGGUCGGUUCACUCUCGUUUUCUGCUGCGAUGAUACCUUUGACUUCCAGGCUAUGGGCAGGAUCUUCCUGGGUAUAUGCCAGGUUGGUGCAUGGGGAUGUUUUGACGAAUUCAAUCGUCUUGAGGAGCGAAUUCUUUCAGCAGUAUCUCAGCAGAUCCAGAAUAUUCAGAUUGGAUUGAAGAACACCUCUGACGAAGCGAAGGCACAAAUCGACUUGGUCGGACGCCGUCUUCGUGUCAAUCCUAACACUGGAAUUUUUAUCACGAUGAAUCCUGGCUAUGCUGGUCGUUCAAAUCUCCCUGACAAUUUGAAGAAACUUUUCCGAAGCGUUGCUAUGUCUAAGCCAGACAAAGAACUCAUCGCUGAAGUCAUGCUAUUUUCCCAAGGUUUUAAGCAGGCUAAACCACUAUCCCGUCAAACUGUCCCGUUUUUCGAUCAUUGCGCAACUCGCUUAACGAAACAGGCUCAUUAUGAUUUUGGUCUUCGUGCGUUGAAAAGCGUACUUGUGAGCUCCGGCGGUUUGAAGCGUCUCCGUCUUGCUAAUUCCGACGACGACCUUGGACCCGAUGAAGUAAUCGAGCCUCAGAUUAUCGUCCAGAGUGUUCGAGAGACGAUUGCACCUAAGCUUAUCCGUCAAGAUGUCGAAACCAUGCUGCAAAUUCAAACCGAAGAUUUCCCGGGUGUUGAAUAUGUGCCCGCCAACUUUGAGAAGCUGACACAGGCUAUUCGUGAAAUUGCCGUUGAAAAGCACUUGGUCGCUACUGACACUUGGAUUUCAAAAACGCUGCAAUUAUAUCAAAUCCAGGGUAUACAUCACGGUGUCAUGAUGGCCUUGCAAAAGGUUGAAGGUGUUGAAGGUGUCUGUCAUGUUAUUGACUCGAAGGUCAUGUCAAAGGAAGCUCUUUACGGAAACCUUGACAGCACAACUCGUGAAUGGACGGAUGGUCUCUUCACUGGAAUUUUGAGGAAGAUUGUCGACAAUUUACGCGGUGAAGAUUCCAAACGACAUUGGAUUGUCUUCGAUGGCGACGUCGACCCUGAAUGGGUUGAAAAUUUGAAUAGCGUUCUGGACGAUAAUAAACUACUAACGUUGCCCAACGGUGAACGCUUGAAUUUACCUCCUAAUGUCAGAAUUAUGUUUGAAGUCGAAAAUCUCAAGUAUGCUACGCUGGCCACGGUCAGUCGAUGUGGCAUGGUGUGGUUUAGCGAUGAUACGGUAACCCCGAGUAUGAUGGUCACAAAUUAUAUCGAAUCCCUUAAGACGAGGACCUUUGAAGAUCUCGACGAUGAUAGCGUUCCUGCUGGUCAGGCUUCCGCGAAGACUCUUGACACUCAAAAGACCCUUGCAUUGUUCCUAGAUCAGCUCUUGCAAAGAGACGAUCUUAUCCUCAAAGCCCUCCAAGAGGCUAAAAGACAUACCCACAUCAUGGAAUAUAGUGACGCUCGAGCUCUUAAUACGCUUUUCAGCUUGCUCAACAAGGCGUGUCGGAACAUUCUCGAGUAUAAUAUCCAACAUAUAGACUUUCCUCUGGAACCGGAACAAAUGGACUCCUACUUAUCUAAAAAAUUACUGCUCGCUCUCGUUUGGUCGUUGACCGGUGACUGUCCGUUAGGGGAGCGGAAAGUCUUUGGCGAAUUCCUCACGGCCCUCUCAACUAUUGAUACUCCUUUGCUUGGCGAUUCAGCAUCUCUUAUCGAUUAUGAUGCCACUUUACCAAAGGCCGAAUGGACAACUUGGCAAUCUCAAGUCCCAUCUGUAGAAAUCAAUACCCACUCAGUCACGGAGACGGAUAUCAUCAUUCCCACUCUGGAUACUGUUCGCCAUGAAGACGUGUUAUAUUCCUGGCUCGCUGAGCACAAACCGCUGCUUCUCUGCGGUCCGCCUGGAUCCGGCAAAACUAUGACCUUGUUCUCUGCUCUUCGCAAGUUGCCCAAUAUGGAGGUUGUAGGGCUCAACUUUUCUAGCGCGACCACACCAGACCUGUUGAUUAAAACCUUCGAGCAAUACUGCGAAUAUAAGAAGACUCUCAAUGGUGUGAUCAUGUCACCAAGCCAAAUUGGCCGCUGGCUGGUCAUUUUCUGCGACGAGAUUAACCUUCCGGCCCCAGAUCAUUAUGGAACCCAGCGCGCAAUUUCCUUCUUGCGGCAGCUUGUGGAGCAAAACGGCUUCUGGCGGACUUCGGACAAGACUUGGAUUACUCUGGAUCGCAUUCAAUUUGUCGGAGCUUGCAAUCCACCAACUGAUGCGGGUAGAACACCUCUCGGUGAGAGAUUCUUGCGCCACGCCCCCCUAAUCAUGGUCGAUUAUCCAGGCGAAGUUUCUCUACUACAAAUCUACGGCACAUUCAAUUCUGCUGUUCUCAAAAUUAUUCCUCUACUCCGUGGCUACUCUGAAGCACUUACCAAGGCAAUGGUUCAAUUUUAUUUGGAAUCUCAAGCUAGGUUUACGCCAGAGAUUCAGCCUCAUUACGUUUAUUCCCCCCGAGAACUUACGAGAUGGGUCCGUGGUGUAUAUGAAGCCAUCAAGCCACUUGAGAAUUUGUCGGUUGAAGGUCUGGUUAGAAUCUGGGCUCAUGAAGCUCUGCGGCUUUUCCAAGACCGUCUUGUUGGCGAAGAAGAGAGACAAUGGACAGCCGAUACUGCUCAGCGCAUUGCAUUAGAGCAUUUCCCAACCAUCGAUGAACAGCAGGCGCUGAAGGCACCAAUCCUUUUUUCAAACUGGCUUUCGAAACAUUAUGUGCCAGUGGAGCAAGAGCAGUUACGAGAAUUCGUCAAAGCAAGGCUGAAGACUUUCUGCGAGGAAGAGGUAGAUGUACCCCUCGUACUAUUCAAUGAUGUGUUGGAGCAUGCCCUACGAAUAGAUCGUGUAUUCAGACAACCUCAAGGCCAUCUAAUCCUUAUCGGAGUCAGCGGUAGUGGCAAGACAACCUUGUCACGGUUUGUUGCUUGGAUGAACGGCUUAAAGGUUUUCCAAAUCAAAGUUCACGGCAAAUACUCCGCCGAAGAUUUUGAUGAGGAUCUCAGGAGCGUCCUUCGCAGAGCAGGCUGUAAGGGAGAAAAGAUUUGCUUUAUUAUGGACGAGGCAAACGUCCUGGAUUCAGGUUUCUUGGAACGUAUGAAUACCCUCCUCGCCAACGCUGAGGUUCCUGGCCUUUUUGAGGGAGAUGAAUUUGCGUCCUUGAUGACUGCCUGUAAAGAGGGCGCUCAACGGCAAGGCCUCCUUCUCGAUUCGCAAGAAGAGCUUUAUAAAUGGUUCACUCAACAAAUUGUUAAGAAUCUUCAUGUUGUGUUCACUAUGAACCCUCCAGAGGACGGCUUAUCAUCGAAAGCUGCCACUAGUCCAGCCCUUUUCAACCGCUGCGUACUCAAUUGGCUUGGAGAUUGGUCGGAUCAGGCUCUCUUCCAAGUUGGCUAUGAGCUUACACAGUCUGUGGACCUUGAUAAACCCAACUUUGUUGCUCCUGAUAGUAUCCCAGUGGCAUACCGAGCUCUUCCUCUCCCUGCUUCUCAUCGCGACACUGUGGUUAACUCCAUGGUCUACAUUCACUAUUCCUUGCAGAGAUUUAACCAGCGACUGCACAAACAGCAAGGCAAAGUUACAUAUCUUACCCCUCGCCAUUAUCUUGAUUUCGUUGCACAAUAUGUUAGAUUGUUUAAUGAGAAACGUGAAGAUUUGGAAGAACAACAACGCCACCUUAACGUCGGUUUGGAAAAGCUCAGGGAGACCGUUGACAAAGUCAGAGACCUGAGAGCGAGUUUAGCACAAAAGAAGAGCCAACUCGAGAAAAAGGACGCCGAGGCCAAUGAAAAACUUCAACGAAUGGUGGCUGACCAGCGUGAGGCGGAACAGCGCAAAGCAGCCUCUCUUGAAAUCCAGACGGCUCUUGAGAAGCAAGAGCAAGAGGUUGCUGAACGAAAAGAAAUUGUCCUUUCCGAUCUUGCAAAAGCUGAGCCAGCCGUUCUUGAAGCUCAAAAGAGCGUUAGCAACAUUAGGAAACAGCAUCUUACUGAAGUCCGUUCUAUGGGUAACCCACCAGCGGGAGUUCGUCUAGCAUUGGAGUCCGUGUGCACGCUUCUUGGCCACAGAGUCGACAGCUGGAAGACCAUUCAGGGUAUCAUUCGCAGAGAUGACUUCAUCGCCAGCAUCGUUACUUAUGACAACGAAAAGCAGAUGACUCCCUCGCUUAGAAAUAGGAUGCAAAACGACUAUCUAUCCAAAGAAGAAUUCACGUUCGAGAGAGCCAACCGUGCCAGUAGGGCAUGCGGUCCCUUGGUCCAAUGGGUGGAAGCCCAGGUCAAUUACUCGGAAAUCCUCGACAGAGUAGGCCCACUUCGCGAAGAGGUUAUCCAGUUGGAAGACCAGGCCCUUCAGACGAAGGCGGAAGCACAGGCUAUUGAAAACAUGAUCAACAACCUUGAAAACAGCAUCGCGACCUAUAAAACUGAAUAUGCAGCCCUUAUCAGUGAAACUCAAGCAAUCAAGACGGAAAUGGCUAGGGUGGAAUUCAAGGUCGAUAGAAGCGUGCGCUUGCUCGAUAGUUUAUCUUCGGAACGCUCACGUUGGGAAGAAGGAAGCAAGUCCUUUGAAACUCAAAUUUCUACUUUGGUGGGAGAUGUCUUGAUCGCUGCGGCUUUCCUUGCGUACGGUGGUCUUUACGAUCAACAAUUCCGCAAAGCCAUGAUUGACGACUGGGUGAACCAACUCGCGCAGUCCGGUGUCAACUUUAAGCCACAUAACCCUAUGACAGAGUAUCUCUCCAACGCGGAUGAAAGGCUAUCAUGGCAGGAGAACUCACUCCCGGUCGAUGAUUUAUGUACGGAAAAUGCAAUAAUUCUCAAGCGUUUCAACAGAUACCCUCUCAUCAUUGAUCCAUCCGGCCGUGUUACAGAGUUCUUGCAAAAGGAAAGCAAAGAACGAAAACUCACUCUUGAGAGCGCCUUACGGUUUGGCAACCCUAUUCUCAUUCAGGACGCGGAGCAUUUGGAUCCAAUUCUCAACCAUGUUCUUAAUAAGGAAUACCAGAAGACUGGUGGUCGUGUCCUUAUACAACUUGGCAAGCAGGAAAUUGACUUCUCGCCUGCAUUCAAACUCUUCCUAUCCACACGAGAUCCGUCGGCGUGUUUCGCUCCUGAUGUGUGCAGUAGAACGACAUUUGUCAAUUUUACGGUCACGCAAAGCAGUUUACAGACUCAAUCUCUUAAUGAGGUACUCAAGGUGGAACGCCCCGAUGUUGAUGAACGGAGAACAAACCUCAUCAAACUGCAAGGUGAAUUUAAGAUACAUCUUCGCCAGUUGGAGAAACGCCUUCUUCAAGCCCUUAACGAAUCUCGCGGAAACAUUUUGGAUGACGACAACGUCAUUGAAACUCUUGAGACAUUGAAGAAGGAGGCGGCAGAGAUAUCGAACAAGAUGGUGGAGACCGAGGGUGUGAUGACUGAAGUUGAAAAUAUCACCCAGCAAUACAAUAUCAUCGCCCGUUCCUGCAGUGCUGUCUUCGCCAUUCUUGAGCAGCUUCAUCACCUGAACCAUUUCUACCAGUUCUCUCUUCAGUACUUUGUGGACAUAUUCAACAACGUUUUGCAUAACAACCAACAACUGGCUCAAGAGAAAGACUUCACGGCGAGAGUGAACAUCAUUUUACGGGAUCUCUUCAUCACGACGUACCAGCGUACGUCUCUUGGUCUACUUCAAAAAGAUCGAAUAACUCUUGCUAUGCUUCUCGCGCAGGCGUCUCCGUAUCCGAUGGAUAGGAGCAUCAUCGACGACAUCCUUGACCAGAGCGUGGAAGGAUGCGAUGUUUCUACGACUCCGGAACUCAAAGAUACUGUGAUGGCCAAGGUGUCUCAGAUGGCCGUUUUCAAAAGCGUCAUCCCGACUAUUGAAGAGGAAAGUUGGGAGGCUUUCUUCUCUGAGGAGCUUGCGGAGAACUUCGUUCCUGUAGCUUGGGAAGAUGGAAUCGAGCCUUUUAAUAAACACCUCCGCUCACUUUUGCUGGUGAAACUCUUCCGAAUGGACAGAUUUGUACCUGCAGCAGAACGUUUUGUGGGAACUGUCUUUGGUCGGUCGUUGUUCGAAGGCGGCGGAGACCUCAAGGAAGUCGUUGAACAAGUCACGGCCACCACGCCAAUCGCUCUCAGCUCCAGCCCCGGAUUUGACGCUAGUUACAAAGUUGAUGGGCUUGUUGAACGAAUGCAUGCAACUUGUGCCAACAUAGCCAUGGGAUCAAACGAAGGUCUCGAGAGCGCAGAUAAAGCUAUCAGCAACGCGGCGGCAACUGGAACUUGGGUCUUGGUGAAGAACGUUCAUCUGGCACCAUCAUGGUUACAAAGCUUGGAGAAGCGACUUGACUCGCUCAAGCCUCAGGCGGAUUUCAGAUUAUUCCUUUCUAUGGAAUCGAGCCCCAAGAUUCCCGUGAACUUGGUCAGAGCCUCGAGAGUCUUGAUGUACGAACAACCGGCUGGAAUCCGUGCAAAUAUGAAGGAUUCUCUCUCUUCGCUGAGCUUGAGGGCUGGCAAGCCUCCUAUUGAAAAAGCUCGUGUCUAUCUUUUGCUCUCAUUCCUACACGCUGUUGUCCAAGAGAGGUUACGAUACGCGCCAAGCUUGGGCUGGAAGGGCUUCUGGGAAUUCAACGACAGCGACACCCGGGUUUUGCAUAAUACCUGGGUGGCUUCUGUGGCCCAAGGCCGAUCCAAUGUUGCACCUCAAAAGUUCCCUUGGGACCUCCUUCGUACGUUGAUCACCGAAACAUACGGUGGUAAGAUCGACGACGGUGGGGAUUUCAAGUUGCUCAACGAUCUCGUACGGACGUUUAUGACACCGGCAGCAUUUGAAGACGAUCAUAAGCUGAUCCCCGGGAUCGAAGAUGAAGUGCUCAUGCUACCUGCGGGCACUGGUCUCCGCGAUUUUACCGAGUGGGUGAAUCGACUGCCAGAACGAGAGCCGCCCACGUAUCUAGGGCUCCCUGGCAAUGCGGAGAAAUUGCUUCUGGUUGGCCACGGCAAGCGCAUGAUCACGAACCUGGCCAAGAUCACUACUUUGCUAGAUGAGGGAGAGCAAUUGAUGGUGGAGGCGGCUGCCAUCUAG